AUGUUAAAUGAAACUUUUAUUUAUCUUCUUUCUAAAUUUUAGGCUAAAAACUAUACUGUGGUGGAAGCAGCACUUCAGGCUCUUUUGGGUCUGAUUAUAAAGGUGUAGGGGAUUGUUCAGAAAGUUGUUGGAUCCCUAUUAAGUGUUAUUAUCUCUUGGUUUUUUGGACUGAUUGCUCUAAAAUUUUUUUAUCAAUCUGGUUAUUCAAGAUGUGAUUGUUUAAAGGUGAAGGACAAAAAAUACAGUUUGCUUAAGAAUUUUAUAUAAAAAGAGAACACUUCAACUAGAGACUAAUUAACAUAUGGAAAAUGA